AGACAAGACUAAUAAUUAGCACGUGAUCUGAGCUGUGAAUGUGUGAUGGACUUUUCAGGACUGAAAAUGCCGUGUUUCGUCGUGUUAUUUUGCCUUUUUGCUUGUGUUCAGUCUGUUUUAUCAGAUUGUUCAGUUGCACAUUCAGAAAAGAAGUAUCUUUCACUCAUUGAACCGUUGAAAGGCGAAACAGUGGAGGUUAUGGAUCCUGCUCACAACUACUCUUAUAAGGUUGGUUUCUGUGAUGGGAUCCAUGUAGAUGGUGUCGGUGCGGAGGAUAUAGGAGUUGAGCAGUUUGAUCUUAAAAAUGAUAAAGCACCUUUCCAUGUGGUUGGGAGAAUAACUGCAACUAACAUUAUGGUUGGAACUAAUUGGAUCUUUCUUGAAUACCGAAAUGGGGAUGCAUACAAUUAGCAUUGCAAUGGAGAAACAAGGAGAGCAACCAUCUUUAUAUUGUGUGACAAAAGUGGACUUCUUAUAAAGCCAGUUUUGGUUGAAGAGAAUAACAACAGGACUAACGAAUGUGCCUAUGUAUUUGAAGUAGGAAGUUCAGUAGCGUGCUCAAAUUCAACGACAAUACCUUCAUCGUCAUCAGGAAUUGGUGUUGGGGGAAUUAUUGUCAUUUCGACUUUAGUCAUAGCUGCAGCUUACUUAAUUCUAGGGGUUGCGUACAAGAGAUUUUUCUUAAGAGCGAAAGGAAGAGAGCAGUUUCCAAACAUUGAUUUCUGGACAAACUUUGGUAAUUUAACAGCAGAUGGAUGUGACUUUCUCUGUCGAUGUAACAAGAAGCAAUCGUCUAAGAGCUACAAAGGUCUGGGUGAUGACCAACUUGGUCUGGAUGAAGAAGAAGAAAGAGAUGACAAUAUCUUACCCAUGUAGGCAUAACAUUUCCACUCUAUCAGUACUCAGUUUCAUGUAUUUCUUUUCCGUACAAUUUAGAUAGACUUUAUGAAUUAGUUUUUAUAUUUCUGUUAUUGUUGAUAAUAAUUCCAUGAAAUAUGUAUUGUGGUACACUGCUAUUUUUAUUGAUUAUUUAAAUUGAGUCUUUUGAAUGUAAUUAUUUCGCCGAUAAAUAAGUUUCUUUUAAUUGGCUAUUCCUAGCUAUUAUGAAAUUUUCUUGAAAAUCGACUUUGAAGUCACUAUAUAUAUGUAUAUGUAGACCUUGUAGACCUAAGGCUUUUUUAUUUAAAAAGAAUGGAUGCUUUGUAAAUGAUUCCUUUAAAAAUUGAGACGUUUCAUGUUCUAGACAAUUUAAUCCCAAUUUGAGGAUGAGGAUAAAGCUAAAAAUGAUGUACAUUAAGUACACUACACUUUAUUCCCCAAGAAAAUUAAAAAAACAUCUCUUUGUGUAGGUAUGUUGGUUCCAUGCAUAGGACUUCAUUUUUUUUUAGAGAGAGAGAAAUAUGUAUUGGGUUGAAUGACGAAGUUGCUUGCUAUACAUGGGUCAUGGCAUGGGGUGUAUACAUUCAUUCAAUAUACAAGGCUAUGAUAUAAACUUGUCCUCUGUAAGUAACUCCUGUGUGCUAUAAUUAGGUUGGCAAGUUUUUGCUUAUUUCUUGAUCAAGUGGAGAAAUGCUUGAUUUUGGGGGGCACAUGCAGUAUCUAUUACAGCUAUUCAUCAUGCUUUGGCCCAAAACUAAAUUGAAUUCUUAAAAUAAUUUUUUUUCCUGUAAUUGAAUUUAAGUUUUGGGGUUACAUUUUCAACUUUUCACCAGUAGAGGAAGGUCCCACAAGUAUAUUCUUGAACAUGAUUGCUUUUUUUCAAGUGCUCUUGCGAUUAAGGAAUAAUAAUCCUGAAGGUUCUAUUAAAAACUUGAUCAUAAUUCAAUGGAAUGAAGUACAGUUUGUUUCUAAAUAUUUUUAAAAUUUGGGGGAUUGAGUGCUGUAUGUUGCAUUGACUCAAUCUCAACACAGACAAGGUGGCGGCAGAUUGCAAAUGGUUUUAUGUAUGUAUACCAUUAAUCAUAAACUGCUGCCAUAUAUGAAGCACACUGGUUGUUAUUGCAGGUAUUGAUACAGCAUCUUGGAGCCAUCAUGGUUUUAAAUCAAGCAAGGCACCAAGAGUGGAUGCAAUCAAUCAUCAGGUGAUUUUGUGUUGUGCUGUGCCUGUCCAGAUUUGAAGCAAUGCAAUAAAAAGAAACUGAAUAGUCUGUUAUGAAGCCUUAUUUGGUGUUGCAAGAAACUUCUUCAAUUGCAAAUCUAUAUAUAAUAAAGUAUAAAUUUAUGUCAUCGGGGAAUAAUUGUUCUGGGGCCCCAUCUUACAAAGAGUUACGAUUGAUCAUCCACAACUAUGGAAAGCCAGCAACACCAACAUCUAAAAUGCAUCUUUGUUCAUUUUUUUUAUAGAUAUGCUUUAAUGCAUUCAUUGUUUUAUUAAAAUUUAGUGCUUCCCUUGGUUUACAAAGACAUUGUGGAAAUUUCCUGUAUGAAAAUUAUGACAUCGAUGGAUUUCAUACAGUGGAGGUUGAUUGAAUCAAUCAUGAUUCCUUGUAAGAGGGGUCCUGCUAUCAUCGUAAUUGCUCCGCAAUUUUUAUAGACUGCUACACAAUAGGUCUUUUAUAUAGCAGAUUUUUACAUAGGACUGUACUGAACUUACGUGUAAAUGUAGUUGAGAGCUCUUCUCCUAUGACCAAAAAUGCAAAUUCAAUUUGGUAAGAAAAAUUAUUCCCUAGACUUGCAAUAUUAAUGAAUUUGCAAAUGAUUACUUAUCUGCCUCUUGCCAUAAGGAGUGUAAACAGAUUUUACACUGAGCUAAAAUUGGUAACAUUGAAUUUUCAAAUUACAACAGAAAUUUGCAAUAGAGGGCAAAAAAUUUCCUUUGCAACACCCAUUAAAGGCCUUUAGUAAACUGGAUCGAGCAUACUAACUUUAACAUGGGUUUCAAUCCGGAUUUAUUUUCAAGAUUGUUAUAUCGUUAAUACAAGUAUAAGAAGAAAGGUCAUUUUAAUGACUUGGAAACUCACUUUGGAUUAUGCAGAUUCAUUUUACUUUCCUGCAGAAGUCUAUUUAUGCUCAGAACAGAAUUUUUUAUUUGAGCAGAUUAGAGUACCGGGUAUAGGCAAUUCCUCUGAAAAUUUUAGGUUGCAUUUGCUUGUAUUUUGAAAUAAUCUUAAGAUAAAUAUCAGCAGGUGUAGCAUGGUCAUUACUUUGGCAUGAGUUGUGUUAACACUCUGGCUCUUGAAAGCACCCAUUUUGCACUUCAGCUCCGUGUUUUUCUUUAUUUUUUUGUUUUUUACUACACAAAGCCCAAGCCUUGCCCAACAUUUCUCUUAUACAUGUAGGCAUUAAAUGAUCAUACAGGUUUCAUAAACAACUGUUGUUAUCAAAUUAUUUGUUCACAGUGUUUGUGUUUAAAUGCACUUCAGUGGAAAGUUCCUAUUUUUGCCAUUCAGAAGCUCCUUUUGACAGGUUCAGAGUCGCUUUACUGGAAUAAUAUAUGCUGGACCAAUCCACUGAAUUGGUGAGCAUGAUCACUCUUGUUGCUAGAGGAACAUGCUAGGGGCUCAAAUUGAUCCAAAGACUUCAGGCUUUUUUGCCUUAGAUGCCCUUUGGAAUGGCCUUAGUACCUGCCAAGACAUGAAUAGAUGCUUUUUGUUGCUGCUUUUACAAACAACUCAACUUGGAAAAACACUAAAACUUUGAGUUUAAUAUUGCUUCCUUGCAUGAUUUAUAUCCAUAUCCCUAAAUAGUCCACAACUUGGUCCAGGGUCCCAUUUUAUGAAAGGACUUGUCAGACAUUUUAUCCGACAGUUGUCAUAGAGGGAGAUUACAUGGCAAGUGUGUCAUUUGGAUCAGUCCUAGGGAUCCAAGUUACUAUUGUGGUACAUUCUAACAUCCAAUGGUAGUCGCCAUGGUAAUAAUGACCAACA